AUGUGGUCGAGUUUCAGCUCUUUUUCUCCUCAUGUAUAUUCGCCCGGUGUAUAUAAACCCUCUCAAAUAAAUCGUGGCAAUCCCGGCAGUUCGACCUCAUCGGUCCGCCUUGACUCACCAUCUUCGCCAUCUGGUACCACUCACAGAGACUCACCUCUUUCUCGGGAUUACUUGAACGAGGAAUCAGCGAGACGUGAUUCACUCCCUGGUUCCUCCAGAUUUUCAUUUCGUAGACUAUCCGAUGACCGCAAAUUUGCUGACAAUGCGGGGACCCCGAGAGUUACGCUAGACGGUGAAACCAGUUCCCUUUUAGAACGGUAUGGGGUGAGAAAAGCCAGUGUUACCGAAACCUCAGCACAAAGUUACUUGAAACAGCGUCGACAGCAGCAGCCGGAUUCAAAUGGCGGGUCAGGAGCGGUGCGCCGGAAGUCCGGCGAUGUCGGUAUCGAGGCAACAGCGAUCAGUGGCGGCGAUCUGUUUGGCAACAGCAUUAGCCCUUCAAGGCCUUUCAACUGGAAGGACACUCCUAGACAGACUAUGACCAGUGUGCAGGACAUAACUCAGAACGAGUACUUAAAUCGAUUGCUCGCAGCUCAUAAUCGUGUAGACGACCUUCUUCGAUCUAGAGGACUGAGCGCAGAGGAUGAAUCCAAAUAUCUCAGAGCUUGGGAAGAAAUCCCAAUCAUAAGAGAAGAACGUCGUCAGAGAGUUCGAACAGUGAGUAGUUCGAGUGAUUCUGGUCUUUCGACGGAUAAUGACAGUGACAGAAGUAACGCUGACGCUGUGAAGAAUGAAGAACCCACAUGUGAACAGCAGUUCUCAAGACCUGAAGCAACUCAUUCGUGCUCACAGACCUUGCGGCCAUGCCGAUCAAGUUUGCAAUCGUCUUUGUGCUGCCGAGAGCUCUCUUCAAAACCAUCGACGGCUAGGGUUUCGUUUCGCAGAAAACCAUCAUCAAAGCAAUCUUCCAAAGCACUCGAUGCUGGACCAACUCAUAAAGAAUCGUUUGAUCUCAAAUGUACAUCGCCUGCAUGUAUAACUGUGUCUACCUCGCGCGUCUUCAAGUGCAAGGAAAAAUCUAUAGCAGCAGAAAAGAUUUUUCACAUUUCAACAAAAACUGAAAAGGCCCAGCUUUCGACUAGAGUUCAAACGAUUUCCGCUGGUCCUCCAACUGUCGCAGAGAGGCAGGUGAAAAACACUCAGAAGAACUAUAAGCCCAUUCAGAAGGAGGAACAUAAAAAAGGUGCGAAUGCGAAACCUGCUACAAACGUUGAGAAGCAAAGGACUGUUCUGGUCAGUUUUAAACGCAAGCCAAGUUUCACGUUUCCAUGUACAGCUGAAAUCUCCAUUCAGCACUGCAGCUUCUAUCAGGUUUCCCAGAGAGCCUCCGAAAAACCAGAAAAGAAUGUUCGUAUGAAUCUACGCUUAACUGAACGAGCACCAAGCAAAAGCUCGGCCACUACGACGCUUCCUACGACAUCUCGUCCAUUAUUCGCGUACCUACAUGUGGCACAGAAGCAAGCAAGCAUCCCUCCAACGAAAAAUGGUCAGAUGAUGAAGCAAAUGCGCAAAAUAGGCAAACUUGAUCGCUCAAUGACAGUGGAGCCACAAAUGGAAUCCAGACAACAACGGAAGGUGAAUCGUUUAGUGAUCCCUGACUUUUUCUUAAACAGUGGAACUACUGAGAACCUCAAAGUCGAUAAUCAGCCUAAAAGAGUUGAAGCUCAAUUAGCUGACGGAUUUGCGGACGAUUCAAAACAGCCGUCCCAGUUGAAGCGAUCUAAUGCAAUUCGUCGGAAGGCCCCACCAGUCUUAGCGUUCACUACUAGAUCAGCAAGCUCUGAUCACUGCGAAAAGCAGCCUCUAUGUGCAGCCAACUUGCCGCCACCGGACUUUGGUCGAACUAAUUCAGUUCAAGUUUCCGGACCUUUAAACCAAGAUGGCUCCCUAGAUCGCACCGCGACGACUAGUGGAGCCUUGGUAACCACUACCGACACAGUACUCGCGGAGCUGUCGCCAGUAGAUCGAGUGCUUGUGGAACAGUUCAGAAGAUCCAAACAGAUACCCCGACCUAAGGCACUUGUUCGGAGUGCCAGUUCGUAUGAGCCAAGAAGUCGCCUUCAAACUCCGACACCAACAGUGGAGUUUAUUCAGUAUAAUACACCAUACCGUCAUCCACCUCCACCUCAGCUUGCUAGUCACUUAUCACCUCCUUCAUCACCCCCUUCUCUAAGAAAAGCGUACCGUAGCGUAAAGCAUUUCUCUAAACGGGUGCAUCUACUGGAAUGCCCACCGCUUAAAAAAGUGGAUCGUGCAGUAAGCGAAAAACUCAAAAGCGAACGACCGAAGCGAUGGAUACCUCGUUGGAGGAAAGCGUGUUCUGUUGAUGGAUCGCCAGAAAUAGAAGAAGAAGAAGAACAGGAAGAUGAGGCUAAGCAGUCAAACAAUGUUAAGGAAAAUGACAGCAGCAGACUGAAAACUCAAGAUGGCAACGGCAAUAUUGAAGCCGAGAAGGCCGUGACGGUGAGUGCAUAG